AUGGGUGAACGUACGACUGAAAACAUGUCUUUAAUUUUUGUACUUCUAACACUACUUUAUUUCACUCCAACUUCUUGCUUUACGUUUCAUAAAGAAAAUAAUGCUUGUCCACGUCUGUUAGAAUAUCCUGUGAAAGCUUUCAGCCCCCACUGUUACGUAAAUCCCAACGUACUAUCUUCUACUCCUGAAAUGAUUAAACAGAACGGUUAUAAAUGCGGGACCUACAAAGUGGUUUCAGAAGAUGGUUACACAUCUUUGAUUUUUCGGGUACUACCACAGGAAGAUGAUGGUAGAGAAAAAGGACAACCGAUCGUCUUGGACCAUGGGGUGCAAGUUAACUCAGCAGCUUGGACUUGGAUGGGAAAUAGGUCUCUAGCAUUCGUUUUGGCCAGAGCUGGUUAUGACGUAUGGUUGGCUAACCAAAGAGAUAGUGGAUACACAACACACAUUAAAUAUAAAACUUCAGAUUACCGCUUUUGGACUACCACUUUAGACGAUGUUGCAUCUUACGAAGUACCAGCAAUUUUAAAAACAAUUGCCUCAGAAACCAACAAAUCUGGUUCUAUUAUUUAUAUUGGUCAUUCCAGAGGGACUGUUCUGGGUUUUAUGUACGCGUCUGAAUAUCCAGACGAAGCACAAAAGUAUCUUCGGGGUGUUGUAGCACUGGCUCCUGCUGUGUAUCUUGAGUUUAGUUUCUUCUUUAAGAUUGCUUUCUAUGUAGCCGCUAUCAUCUUACGAAAAAUUCCGAUAUACCGCACUGGAAGAUUUCAAAAAUAUGACUACGGAAAAAAGCAGAACAUGCUGAAAUAUGGGCAAGCAGAACCUCCAUUGUACCAUCUUAGUAAUGUCAAGCUUCCUGUAUAUCUGUUUUAUGGAAAACGGGAUGUCUACAUGAAAAAAAAGACCGUGAAAAGGACUUUUGAGGAGAUUGGAAGCAACGAAAAGGAAUAUUUUAGUGUGCCAAUUGGAAAUGACGAUCCGAAAUUGCAGUUUGGUCAUAACGAUUUCAUUUCGUCGAGGUACAUAGAAGAGUUGUUGUACAAGGACCUGCUCAAAGUACUGAAUAAAUUGAAACCUAAGGAGUAA